GAAGUUUUAAUAAGCCUCCAUUGGAAUAGACACACAGUGCUUCUCGCGAGGUUGCAUUACAAGCUUGAGACAGAGAAACCCUAACUGAUCUGUAUUUACAGUGGAAAACGCCAUUAGAAGUGGUUCUUGAGAAAUAGAAAGGCGGAGGCAACUGAAAUGUCGUCGACGCUAUUGGAGGUGACUCGUGCAGAUCAUGAGAAGGUAGAGCGGCUCGAGCGGCUCAUUGUGAAGGAUCUUCAGAAUGAACCGGCGACGAACAAGGACCGGCUCUCUCAGAGCCACCGAGUUCGUAACAUGAUUGAAAACAUAAUUUCCACAACGAAUAAACUCGUUGAGAUUUACGAAGAUAAGGAUGGUGCGAGGAAGGAUGAAAUUGCAGCUCUUGGGGGCCAAACAGCAACUGGAACGAAUGUAUUUAGUGCGUUCUAUGAUAGAUUAAAGGAGAUUCGUGAGUACCACAGAAGGCAUCCAGCUGCUCGUGUUGUUGAUGCCAAUGAUGAGUUUGAGGCUUUGCUUAAAGAGGAGCCUGCCAUCGAGUUUACUGGGGAGGAAGCAUUUGGAAAGUAUCUGGACAUGCAUGAGUUGUACAACCAAUAUAUUAAUUCAAAGUUUGGGGAGCAUAUUGAAUACUCUGCUUACCUUGAUAUUUUUCCUCAACCACAAAAAAUCCCUCGCAAACUGAAAUUGACAAGGCAAUACAGGGAAUAUAUGGAGAAUCUACUUGAGUAUUUGAUUUACUUCUUUCAGCGGACAGAGCCUUUGCAAGAUCUUGACAGGAUAUUCUCAAAGGUUACAGCUGAAUUUGAAGAGCAAUGGGAACAUGACCAAGUACAAGGAUGGGAGAAGGAUGGUAAAGAAAAUGGGCAAGUUCCAGCUCAGCCUACUGUGAUUGAUCUUGAUUAUUACAGCACAGUUGAAGAACUGAUGGACAUUGGUCCUGAAAAAUUAAAGGAGGCACUGGCUGCAUUAGGACUAAAGACUGGUGGUACCAUUCAGCAGCGUGCAGAGAGGCUUUUCCUCACUAAGCACAUGCCUCUUGAAAAGUUGGACAAGAAGCAUUUUGCAAAAGGUUUCCGUGGAUCAGAAAAGACUGGAAGCGUACCUGCCUUAAAAGAAGUUGACAAUUUGAAGGAAAUUGCACUGUUGGAAGCUAAAUUGAGAAAACUCUGUGAUGUAUUAGAUGAGACAAUUAUACGGACAAAAGAAAAUAUCGUGAAGAAGCAGGCGUUGACAUAUGAUGAAAUGGAAGCAGAACGUGAGGAGGAAGAGACACAAGCUGACACUGAAAGUGAUGAUGAAGAGCAACAAAUUUACAAUCCUCUGAAGCUACCAAUGGGUUGGGAUGGAAAACCUAUACCUUACUGGCUUUAUAAACUUCAUGGUCUUGGUCAGGAAUUCAAGUGUGAGAUAUGUGGGAACUACAGUUAUUGGGGACGCAGGGCUUUUGAGCGACAUUUCAAGGAGUGGCGCCAUCAGCAUGGGAUGCGUUGUCUUGGCAUUCCAAACACCAAGAACUUUAAUGAGAUCACAUCAAUUGAGGAAGCAAAAGAACUAUGGAAAAAGAUACAGGAGCGGCAAGGAGUGAACAAGUGGCGCCCCGAUCUUGAGGAGGAAUAUGAAGACAAGGAGGGGAAUAUUUACAACAAAAAGACAUACACAGAUCUGCAGCGGCAGGGAUUGAUUUAAAGUUUACAAUUAGUGUAGGAUUGAUUUUUGUACUCUGAUUUCUGUCAACCUUCCCGACUUUGAGAAAUGUAUUCCAAAUACAGUAGCUAAACAUGAUAAUUACCACCGAGGCCUUGCCUAUGUAAUGUAAUUCACUACUACUGCCAUCUAUUUUUUGUUAGAAUGUAGAGCGCAAAUUUGGCUAUUUUAAAGAGUUAUAGCAAUCCAAAACGAUAUAUUGCGUGAUUA